CAGGGUGAACCUGGCAGCAGGGCCCACACGACAUCCAAAUCGAAGAACACGUCGCUGACACACCACCUCUCCCUCGCCGCAUUCUCCACUCUCUGGUCUUCGCCGUGGUCGGUGCCUUCCAAAUCCAAAAAACCCCAAGCCCUAGCUGUAGCCGUCCCCCAAGGUCGCCGAGAUGUCUUCGUGGCUGCGCAGCGCGGUGAGCCGGGCAGUGGAGGCCGGCGGCCGCAGCGGCGUCGCCCGCGCGGUCAAGGGGUACGCCGAUACCGUCGCGCACCACGCCGGUCAGGCCGUCGCGGACAUCCUCCACGACCGCAUGGGCGUUCAGAACUAUAAAAGUUUCAAGAAGACAGUAGCACGAUUGGAAGAGGCUGCUGUAUCAUGCCGUGGGGGUGAAAGAGUUGAAUUGUUGAAACGUUGGUUAGGAGCAUUGCAAGAUGUUGAUGCUGAAAAUGGAAGUUCAGAUUUAAAGGUGUCUGAAGCUAAUGACCCUUCUGGUGAAAUGGACACUUUGAAAGCACAAACUGUUUUGUUCUAUGAUGCUGAUAUUGAUGGUGCACCUAUGAAUUUUUGUGAUGUAUUCUUGUACAGCCAAGCACUUGAAGGUAUUACAUUGUCCAUGAUUCUCGAACCUCCUUCUGAGGAGGAAGUUUCACUGCUUUUGGAAAUAUUCAGCAUAUGCCUUACUGGAGGGAAAGAAGUGAACAAAGAAAUCAUGAGUAAUGUACAAGACUUGGCCAAGGCAUUUUCAGAAUACAAAGAUGAAGUCCUGGUGAAACGUGAAGAGCUGCUUGAGUAUGCCCAAAGUAUCAUUUCAGGACUGAAGAGAAAUGCUGACAUUGUGAGGAUAGAUGCUGAAACCCUAGAAUUGCAGAGAAAACUAGACGAGAAGCAGAAAUCACGAGGUCAAUCACCUGAAUAUCAAGAUAAAACGUCAGAUAAGAUUGCUGCUGCAAAUCUUGAGGUCUUCAAAGAAGCACUUGGUGAACUCCGCUUAUGCUCUAGAGUUGAAGAACUUCUGCUGAAGAAGAAAUCAAUCACUCUUGGUGACUCCCUGGAGAUUCAUUCUCAGAAGGUAGAUAAACUAAAGGUUUUAGCAGAUUCCCUGGCAUGUUCAUCCUCCAAAGCAGAACAGCGUAUUUUGGAGCACAGGCGCCAGAAAGAAGAUGCUCUCAACUUUCGUGUGAAAAAAGAGAAUGAAGUCAGUGUUUCUGAAAAGGAAUUGCUUGAUGAGAUUACUGAAUUGGAAAAGCAAAGAGAUGAGCUUGAGGCACAGCUGAAGAAGGUUAAUAUAUCACUAAAUGCUGCUGCUGGACGGCUCAAACAAACUAGGGAAGAGAGGGACCAAUUUGACGAAGCAAACAAUCAAAUCAUAUUUAGCUUGAAAAAAAAGGAGGAUGACCUCUCAAAAUCCAUUGCCUUAUGUAAUGUGGAAUCCAAUGUUGUCAAGAUCUGGAUCGGUUUCCUUGAGGACUCGUGGAAGCUGCAGUCCUCAUACAAUGAACAGAAGGAUAAUAAAACGUGUGAUGAGCUGGAGAAAUGUGUGAGUGAUUUUCUAAAGUUGACAAAACAUCAUCUUUCAGCAUUCAAGGAAGUCCUAAGCCAAUUGAUUGAGAAUAUCGAAACAUAUGUCGGUUUUUACUUGCCUUGUAGGGAAGAGGAAAAAGAACAUGGGGAUGAUGAGGCAUCUGAGAGGACAGAUCCACGUAAAUCCCUUGAAGAGGAAUAUCUAGAAACAGAAAAGAAGAUUAUAAUUGCGUUCAGCAUAGUUGAUCACAUAAAGAAAUUGUUUUAUUCUGGGGAAGGGGCUGAUUCAAGGAGAGAUGACCCAGAGGUCAAGAGCUUAAUUGAGGAGAUUGAGAAAAUGAGGGAAUCGUUCGAGUCUAUAGAAAGGCCAACACUAAGCAUAGAAUCUGAGAAAGCAAAACCACUACCUGUUGAGGGAUCGAAACUGAGUCCUUCACCUCUUCAGGCUCCUGCUACCCCAAAAGCUGCACACGUUGACUCACCAAAAUCUCCCAUGAAACCUGAGCAGCAUUUCGAUUCAGAUGCGGAGCUUGCAACCCUGGGAUCAGAGAUCGGGAAAGAAGACAAAGAGUACUCAGUUGAGGAGAUAAGCGGGUGGGAGUUUGACGAGCUCGAAGAGGACCUUAAGAGCUGACACAAAGAAUCGACAAACAGAACACAAUUCGAUUUGGUUAUCUUCACUGACAUGUAUUAUUUGUCUGGGCCUUGCGUGGGCAAGAAAUACACACUGGUUGAUAUGUACAUAGUGCUGUUUGAUUGUGUAUUGUCGCGCACUCGCGCUGUCAAUUUGUCACUGUCUUAAGAUAUACGGACUGAGCUGGUGUAACUUGGGCGAGGCAUUUGCUAUUUGUUUGCUCUUGCCGCGAAUAUUUUUAUCUUACAUGUAUACCGAACCCUGUUGUAACAGUUGUAAACGCGGAAAACAAAAUUCGAACAUUUGACAGAAUUUGCUCCGUAGAACAUUGGAUUGUUGGGUUUGAGUUUUA